CGGCCGUCAGCCAUCAUCAGCCACAAGAUCUGUCUACCUGCGCGCUCGAAGCAUGUUAACAUUGGCGAUGUCGAUCGUCAGUUCAACAAUGACCCAUUGAUGAUUUCGACAAGCGCAGAAAAUGAGCUUAGGAAAUAGCAUGCCACUGGGAGAUAAUUGGCCGAUCCAUCAUGGCUUGAUGCUGACCGUCCUCCGCGCGCGAAGUCAAAGCGGCGACAAUGUCAGCGAUGCCUUGAAGACCACGACACGCAUACAACGUGUUGCCAACCAAAUCAGCGUGAGCAACGCAGUGCCGUACAUGGAUAACGUUGUCCUGCCUGCCUGUUGAUGACGCUUCCUGCGAUGGCAUUCUGCGCCCAUUGAACACUUAAUUGUAAAUUCCAUAUGUGAAUUUGAUCUUCAAGAUCAUAACCAGGUAUUCCUAGACCAUCAAUCCUAAACCCUCUGCGACAUUUCAUCAUCCAAGCAUGACAACCACUGCCGUCUUCGGCUGCACGGGGGCCGUGGGGAGCCAUAUCCUGACGACGCUUCUUGGGGACAGCAUCUUUGGACCGAUCAAAACCAUUUCCCGACGUCUCCCGAAACAGGAAUCUCCAAAAUUGGAAGCGACUCAAGAGACCGAUACCUCUAAAUGGAGCGGCAUGAUCGCAGCAUUGAAUCCCAAGCCGACAGUGAUAUUCAACGCCGUUGGCACCACCCGCGCGCAGGCCGGCAGUCUCGCAGAGCAGUGGAAGAUCGACCACGACCUCUGCGUGGAAAACAUCAAAGCCGCCAAACAGGCCGGAGUGAAGACUUAUUUAUACAUUUCGGGUGGCGGGACCCGCGGUCUUCUCAGCCGAUAUGUGCCCUACAGCCAGAUGAAAAUCGGCGUCGAAGAUGCCAUCAGAGAAGCCGGCUUCGAGCACGGAAUUGUCUUGCGACCGGGGAUGAUCAUCGGCAAUCGAGAGCAACCGAAAUCCAUCUUCCUCGAGACUUUCAUUGGAAAUUUGCAUCGCAUCAGCCUAGCGCUGCAGGAUAUGAUAGGUAAUUGGAGUUUUCCUCACGGCCGCUUUGGCGUGCGCGGAAGGAAAGGCUGACAUCGGCGCGUUCUGCCAGGUCAAGAUCAGGUCGUCAUUGGACGAGCUGCGGUUGCUGCGGUGCGUCUUGCACAAGAAGGUAAAGCACCCAAGGGCUACUGGGCGCUUGAGCAGGCGGAUAUCGUCAAACACGGCCGAGAUGAAUGGAAGCAGUGAAGAUGAACUCUCCGACACAAUUGAAUGAGCAAGCUUAGAAUCAGAUGCGUAAACCUCUUUGUAUUCACGACCAUGAAGUACCAAUUCUCAAUCCUUGCCAGCGAACAAGACAUGUAUUUGUGUGUCACUCUCGAUCAUGAGCCGGCAGGGAGAUGGCGUCUUUUAAACGCCAUGGUAGAGAGUACAAUAUGAGCUCGGCAUAACAUGUUUCGUCGUUGGCCCAAUAGAAUUCAAAUCGAGAGCAAACA